CGCAAAAAACGUAAACAACACCUGAUAAGGGCAAAAAUUGUGAAUUCCUCAAGUAUUGUUUGACUUGCAAAUCAAUUGUUUACUUACCAAAAUUUCUCAGAAUCAUGAAUGAGCUCGUCACAAACUCGCCUCUCGUCUUCUACGUGAACGGCAAACGCAUUUCCAUCGCAAAUCCCGAUCCCGAAGACCUUCUCGUGCACUUUUUACGCGAAAAUCUCCACUUAACUGGAACUAAAAUCGGCUGUUCCGAAGGCGGAUGCGGCGCUUGCACGGUAAUGAUCAGCAAAAUUAACCGAGAAACCGGAAAAAUUCAUCAUUUCGCGGCAAUUUCUUGCUUGACGCCGCUUUGUGCGAUGCAUGGUGCUGCUGUAACGACUGUCGAAGGCAUCGGAAGCAUCAAAAAUAAGCUUCAUCCGGUACAGGAACGACUUGCGAAGGCUCAUGGACUUCAAUGUGGGUUUUGUACGCCGGGAAUUGUGAUGUCAAUGUACGCUUUAUUGCGAAAUAGUGACGAAAAACCCUCAAUGAAGGACUUGGAAAAGGCAUUUCAAGGGAAUUUGUGUCGAUGUACGGGAUACCGACCAAUAAUCGAAGGAUAUCGAACCUUUACGAAGGACUUUUCUGAGGGAAAAUUCAAAAAUCAGUGUCCAAUGGGGGAGAAAUGUUGCAAAAAUCAACUUGGAAAUAAACUUUUUGACGAAAAUGAGUUCGAAAAAUACGAAAAUCAAGGUCAAGAAGUAAUUUUUCCUCCGGGAUUGAAAAAUAACAACGACCUUGACACGGAAUUUUUACUUUUUAAAGGUCCUCGUGUUGAAUGGUAUCGACCAGUGACCUUGAAACAACUCAAGAGCAUCAAAGAAAAAUUUCCUUUUGCAAAAAUAAUUGCUGGCAAUACCGAAAUUGGUCUCGAGAUGCAAAAAAAUUUGAAAAAAUAUCAAAUUUUGAUAAAUGUUGAGCACAUUUCAGAAUUAAAAAGCAUCAAAAAGUCAUCGGAAGGCCUGAAAAUUGGAGCAAAUGUCACUCUUUCGUCUUUAGAGGCAAUUCUUUCAACAGAAAUUGAUGAAAAUCCAACUUCAACGAGACUUUUCAAAGCCAUCCGCGACAUGUUACACUGGUUUUCGGGAGCUCAAGUGCGAAAUGUGGCAACUGUCGUUGGAAAUAUCGUCACUGCAAGUCCCAUUUCGGACUUGAACCCGAUUUUACUUGCAGCUGGAGUGAAAUUGGAGAUUUUUAACCCAAAAUCUAACAAAACGAUGGUCGUUGAAAUGAAUUCUUCAUUUUUCACAGGAUAUCGCAAGACAAUUUUGGCAGAAAAUGACGUCGUUUUGUCAUUUUUCCUCCCUUUUAACAACAAAAAUCAACAUUUUCGGGCCUAUAAACAGUCGAAACGCAGAGAUGAUGACAUCGCAAUCGUUAAUUUAGCGAUAAAUGUCGAGCUGAAAGACAAUUCGAAGGAAAUUUCAAGUGUUAAAGUUGCGAAAAAAUUAAAUUUCAAAUGGAAUAACGACUUUUUAGAAGCAAUUAUUGCGAAAUUAAGCAAUUAUUUCAAUGAAAAUUUGAAAAAUGACGCUCCAGGAGGCGAAACUCAAUAUCGCAAAACCCUCGUUUUGAGUCUUUUUUAUCAAGGAUUUCUUUCUAUUUUGAAGGAAAUUGACGGAGAAGUUCUUCCUCGUGAACUAAUUGACCUCUAUGAAGGUCAAAUCCCGCAAAGUAGCCAACUUUUUGAGAAACCAGAUGAAAAUCAGGCGAAAAAUGAUCCCAUUGGUCGUCCCGAAGUUACAAUUUCCGCUUUUAAAUGCACGACAGGCGAAGCGAUUUACACCGAUGACAUCCCGUCGUUCAAAAAUGAGCUUCACAUGGCGUUACUUUUCAGCGAAAAAGCUCAUGCGAAGAUUUUAAAAAUAAAUCCCGACAAAGCUUUGAAACUGGAAGGCGUUGAAGCGUUUUUCAGUGCUGAAAAUUUGACAGAAGAGCAGAAUAAAUACACUUUAGUGCUGGAUGACGAACGAGUCUUUAAAGAUAAUGUCGCGGAAUGUAAUGGACAAGUACUUGGAGCGAUUGUAGCGAAAAGUAGAAAAUUAGCACAAGAAGCAGUAAAAUUGGUAGAAGUUGAGUAUGAAGAGUUAGAAGCAAUUGUGACGUUGGAAGAAGCAAUUGAACGGGAGUCGUUUUAUCCGAAUUUUCCGAUAAAGUUGGAGAAUGGAGAUGUUGAAGCUUUGGAAAAUGAUCCAAAAAUCAUGAAAUUUGAAGGAACGUUUCGAACUGGGAAGCAAGAACAUUUUUAUAUCGAGCCACAGUCAGUUAUUGUAGUUCCGAAGAUAUUUAUUUAA